GGCGCCGCACGUGGGAGCCCCGCACCGAGCCCGCAGCACCGGCGGGUUCCCGGCACGGCUGCCCGGCCCCGGGGGCGGCUGCGGUGGUGUGCGUGUGCGUGUCCCCCCCCCGCUCCGGCGGGGGAUGCCCCCCUGAAGCGCCGCCGCGGCGAGGCCCCGGCGCUGGGGAUGCGGCAGCGCGCAGCCCCCCGCCGCCGCGCAGCGCUGCGCGGAGGGGCCGCGCCGGGGGGCGGCCGCGGAGCAUGGCCAAGGCGCCCGGCCGCCGCCUCGGGGUAGCAUGGCCGUGAGCGCGGCGGCCGCCCCCGCCGCCGAGCCGCUGCCCCGCAGCAUCUUCAAGAAGUUCCUGGUGAUGCUCUGCUCCCUCCUCAUGUCCCUCUACGUCUUCUACUGCCUGGCCGACCGCUGCCAGACCCUGCCCGGACCCAUCAUCGCCGCCGGCGCCGCCUCGGAGGAGGAGGAGGGCGGCGGCGGGGGGUACCUGGGGGGCUCUGCCGAGCUGCCCCCCUGGCAGGCGGCGGCGGCGCGGAGGAAGCGGCUGCUGCAGCGGCUCAAGCAGCGGCGGCGGCGGCAGGAGGCGGCGCCGGGCGAGGAGGUGCGGGCCGGGGGCGGCGGGAGCCGGGCCGGCGGCUCGGGGGGCGGCGGGGGCGGCGCGGCGGGCACCCCCGGCACCCUGACGCUGCUGCUGGGCGAGGGCACCAAGCGGCUGCCGCAGGCCAUCAUCAUCGGCGUGAAGAAGGGGGGGACGCGGGCGCUGCUGGAGUUCCUGCGGGUGCACCCCGACGUCCGCGCCGUCGGCGCCGAGCCCCACUUCUUCGACCGCAACUACGAGCGGGGACUCGCCUGGUACAGGGACCUCAUGCCCAGGACCCUGGAGGGGCAGAUCACCAUGGAGAAGACCCCCAGCUACUUUGUCACCAAGGAGGCCCCCGCCCGCAUCUCCUCCAUGUCCAAGGGCACAAAGCUCAUCGUGGUGGUGCGGGACCCCGUGACCAGAGCCAUCUCGGACUACACCCAGACGCUCUCCAAGAAGCCCGAUAUCCCCACCUUUGAGAGCCUGACCUUCAAAAACAGGACUACGGGCCUCAUCGACACCUCGUGGAGCGCCAUCCAGAUUGGCAUCUACGCCAAGCACCUGGAGAACUGGCUCCUCUACUUCCCCAUCGGGCAGAUCCUCUUCGUCAGCGGGGAGAGGCUGAUCAGCGACCCCGCGGGGGAGCUGGGCAGGGUCCAGGACUUUCUGGGCCUCAAGAGGAUCAUCACCGACAAACACUUCUACUUCAACAAAACCAAGGGGUUCCCGUGCCUGAAGAAGGCGGAAGGCAGCAGCAAACCCCACUGCCUGGGGAAGACGAAGGGCAGGACCCACCCGGACAUAGACCAGGAGGUGGUGCAGAGACUGCGGGACUUCUACCGGCCCUUCAACAUGAAGUUCUACCAGAUGACGGGGCAGGACUUCGGCUGGGACUGAGGCUGAAAAAAAAUAAUUUAAGAAAAUGAAAAUAUAAUAUAAUAUAUAUUUUUUUUACAUAUCAGUAGAGAGGGGGGAAAUACAGAAAAAAAAAUAAUAGUUGUGCUGAAA